AUGGGAUAUAAUAGAAAAACGGAUAAUAUCCAAAGUUCUUGGUACUUUGUUUGCUUAAGACCCCUCAUUAGCAUAGCAGGAGGUCUUUGUAAGAAAGCGGAUUCUUAUGACUUACCCUGCUUCACCCUCCCUUCAUGCACUGGGAAAGCCCUCCUUUACUAUUGCUUCUUUUUCUUUUCUUUCUAUAAAAUGUUCCUCAAUAGCACUGAUUCUUCAUAUAUUUUUGUCAAAGCAAUUGGGUUCACAAAGCAUUAUUUUCUCGGUCCAUUUUCCACCUCUUUCUUUUGUCGAACCAUGCUAAGCAAAGAUGCACGGUUCCAGUCUUCUUUCCCUCCCCGUGUCCACUAG